AUGUCUGACACAACUGACCGUAAACUCGAGGGACCCUUGAGAGACAUUUGCGAUGGGGCCUGUGGCAUCUACUGGACGUACGCAGACAACUUCUACCUUUGCAAGGAGUGUGAUUACAUCAAGUUUGACCAACGGUGCUUGGACAAUCUGCGGAAUGGGACGAUGAAGCUAAAAAUUUGUAAUAAAGAUCACGAGAUGCUCCACAUUCCGGCCUACGAUCCAGUCGAGCGACGGAGAGUUGGCGACGGCAAUGUGAAGGUCGGCGAAGAGAUCCUGUCAGUCAAUGAGUGGCUGCAGCGAAUUCGCAAGGGAUGGGGAAUACAGUCAGCCGAGGAGUUUAGAAAAAUCUGA